AUGACAUGGCCUCCGAUUCCUGCUGAAACAGUGCCGAAUAUUCGGUGCGAUUUGCGGAUUCGUUGGCGGUGGUCGCGUGGCCGAUCCACGGAUGCCGAAAAUUGCGAAGAUGGCAAGGUUGGCGAGAAGCGUCUAGUCGAAGCCGAAAACCCACAGAGUACCUAUAUUAGCGGAGAACCUAGGUGGCCUUCUCCUUCGAGACUGGCAGAACGCGGUGGAUUGAAUCUCCACGAUCUUUGCACCAAGUUCUGCCAGACGAUAGAAGACCUUCAAGCAAGAGAAUAG